AUGCAACUCAAAUCAAUUACUAUCUCACUUGCUGUUGCCAAAUUGGUUGCUGUUGUUUCAGCUGAUAUUACUGCUGCCUCCUACUACAAUUCACUUGCCUCAAGCGUGGAUCCCACGAAUAUCACUAUCCCUACCCUUGACCAAACUACCAGUUAUGAUCCCACUACUGAAUGUACCUAUUACUCCCCUGAUAGUUCCUUGGUCUCUAUCAAUGCCUCUGAGUUCCCUAACAUCUGGGAAGUAGCCACUACUAACGGUAUGAACACUUCUGCUGAAUUCACUGCCUUGUACAACUCCAUUGAUUGGACCCAAGCACCUGAUAUCUCUGUCCGUACCCUAGAUGCUGAUGGUAACUUGGAUACCUCAAGUUAUGACACGGCUACUGACUCCGACUGUUGGUGGUCUGCUACGACUUGUACUGUCCCUAAACUCUCUGAUGUGAAUGCUGAUAUCUACAAGUGUGAUGAACCUGAGACGUGGGGUUUGACUUAUGAUGAUGGACCCAACUGUUCCCACAACGCCUUUUAUGACUACCUUCAAGAAAAGAGCUUAAAGGCUUCAAUGUUCUAUAUUGGUUCUAACGUGAUUGACUGGCCUUAUGGUGCUAUGCGUGGUGUCAAGGAUGGUCACCACAUUGCCUCUCACACCUGGUCUCACGCUCAAAUGACCACCUUGACCAAUCAAGAAGUCCUUGCUGAGCUCUACUUUACUCAAAAGGCCAUCAAGAUAGCUACUGGUUUGACACCUCGUUACUGGCGUCCUCCUUAUGGUGAUGUGGAUGACCGUGUGCGUUGGAUUGCUUCUCAGUUGGGCUUGACUGCUGUUAUCUGGAACUUGGAUACUGAUGACUGGGCUGCUGGUACCACCACUACACUUGAAGCUGUUGAACAGACCUAUCAAGAUUAUGUUGAAAUGGGUACCAAUGGUACUUUUGCUACUGAUGGUAAUAUUGUCUUGACACAUGAAAUCAAUAACAUGACAAUGGGUUUGGCUCUUGAAUAUUUGCCCAAGAUUACUGCUGCUUAUAAACAAGUCCUUGAUGUUGCUACUUGUCAAAACAUUUCCUAUCCUUACUUUGAAAACUAUGCAUGGACAAGCGUUUUGAAUGGCACUAGUACUACUAGUGACAACUCUACUGAGACUACCACUAGCAGCGACGACUCUACUGAAACUGAUGCUUCUACUGCUGCUCAAUUGAAUGCUGUUACAAACAAUGCUGGUGCUCUUGUUCCUGGUAUGACUUUGAUGGCUGCUUUUGUUGUUGCCUUAGUGAUGUAA